AUGUCUUAUGGGAAAGUUGUUACAUUAUCAAACAAGUUGAGUAGUCUUGGAGUAUCAAGAAGUUCUGUCACACCACCAAGUCAAUUUCUGUAUAACCGCCGAACAGCUUACGCCCAGAGAAGCAAAAUAUCCACAAGUUGCAAAAAACUUCGGCCCCGAAACGGGAUGGCAACACAGAUCAGACCGAUAUUGACAUUUCAUCUGAUUGCAAACACCUGGUGA